UUAAAAAGCAUUUUUUUUUUCACGACAGCCUACCGAUGAAUUAACAAUUCCGACAUCAAUGAAACAACUUUGUAAAGGGUUGAAUAUUUUCCUGCAACAAGUGCCAAGGAACAGAAUUGUCAAUUUAUUUUUCUUUGUUAUUUGUUUGUUUUUUACUCACCACUGUACUAACGAGGAGAAUCAUCAGUUUAUUAAUGAAGAAUGACUUCUCUUGAACAGGACAGACUAGGUCAAGCAUUUGAAGAUGCUUUUGAGAUACUGAGGCAACAUUCAACUGGUGAUCUUCAGUAUCCCCCAGAUUACAAAAAUUACCUGGCUUUCAUCAACCAUUAUCCUCACGUCAGAGGGACUUCCCACUGCUGCGGAAUGUUGCCUGCAGAGGACCCUGUGUGUAAUUGGAGAACUGUGAUCAACAGUGCCGCAGACUACUGUUGUGAAGGCAACUGUCAUCAAUCUCUACACAACAUCGCUGAAAACCAGCUGGUACAACCUGCUCUUCUCCAGCACAGAGGGGGAAAAGGCAGGAAGAAGCUCCGCCUAUUUGAAUACCUUCACGAAUCCCUGUGUAAUCCUGAAAUGGCAUCUUGCAUUCAGUGGGUAGAUAAGACCAAAGGCAUCUUUCAGUUUGUAUCAAAAAACAAAGAAAAACUUGCCGAACUUUGGGGGAAGAGAAAAGGCAACCGGAAGACCAUGACUUAUCAGAAAAUGGCCAGGGCACUUAGGAAUUAUGGAAGAACUGGGGAGAUCAUUAAAAUCCGGAGGAAGCUAACCUACCAGUUCAGUGAGGCCGUUCUCCAAAGAUUCUCUCCAUCCUAUUUCUUGGGGAAAGAGAUCUUCUGCUCACCGUAUCUUCCACCUGAUCAAGAAUAUCUCAGUUUAAAUAACUGGAAUGCAAAUUAUAACUAUGCAUAUACCAAUCAUCGUGAGCUAAGCGAGCUAAAUCACCCCGGUUACUAACAUACUUUCACAUUUCAGUUUCUUGGCAACAGAAACCCAUCCCUAUGAGCUUCAGGAUCUCUCUCCUCUCUCUUUCUCUCUCUUUCUUUUUUUGUUCCACUUCUACUUGAAGGAAUUCAGAGUUUCGUUUUUUUUUUCCCCUGUGAAGAGUCCAGAAUUUUUUCUUUGUUGGGCUUUUUUGUUUGGUUUGGUUACAGCAAGUCCUAGAAAAGUUUUGUUUUGUCUUUAAAACUACCCAUCAUGAACUAGAAUUCAGGAUUUUUGCUUAAAGCAAAUAAUGAAGAGAAAAAGAAAAACCAAUUAACUUUGUCUUUUUGUUUUGUUGGAUUUUGCUUGUUAAGAAAGCAGUGGCUGGGCUUCACAGCUCACACCUGUAAUCCCAGCACUCUGGGAGGCCAAGGUGAUUAGAUUGCCUGAGCUCAGGAGUUUGAGACCAGCCUGAGCAAGAGUGGAACCACUCCCCAUCUCUACUAAAAAUCGAAAACUAGCCCAGUGUAUUGGCACUUGCCUGUAGUCCCAACUACCCAAUAGGCUGAGGCAAGAGGAUUGCUCAAGCCCAAGAGUUUGAGGUUGCUGUGAGUGAUGAUGCCUUGGCACUCUACCCAGGGCGAGGGGCGAGAGAGAGAGAGAGAGAGAGAGAGAGAGAGAGAAAAUAAGAAAAGAGGAAGAAAAAACAAACCAAGAAUGCUGCUAAAUCUUUUGGGUUGGUUUGUGAGUGUGUGUUCUCCUAUUGCUUUUUUUUUUUUUAACAACCCUAGGAAUCAGAAGAUAGUCCUAUUUUUGAGUCUAUUAACUUUAUUGUUGCUAUCUUUUAUCAAAUAGUAUAUAAUCUAUAUUAACUUGGUAGGAAAUUCUGCAAUAAAUAAUUUCAUUUUAAAUGAUCAACCCACCUCAUGCCUAUAAUCCCAGCACUUGGUAAGACCAAGGCAGGAGGACUUGGUAGGAAAUUCUGCAAUAAAUAAUUUCAUUUUAAAUGAUCAACCCACCUCAUGCCUAUAAUCCCAGCACUUGGUAAGACCAAGGCAGGAGGACCACAUGAGUCCAGGAGUUGGAGGCUGCAGUGAGGGACGACUGUGACACUGCACUCCAGCUACAAUCUGGGUGACAAAGUGAGAUGCUUCCCCCAUUUUUUUUUUUAAGGCAUCAGAUAAUUAAGCUCCAUAGACUAUCUUUGCUCUUUCUGUUUUCUGUGCAACCGUUUACCACUUUCUUUUUUUUUUAAUAGUUAAAUGUAGAUCUAUGCAACCACUUUCUUCCAGAUUAAUAAUACCAGGACAGAUGAUUUAUUUAUUGUUUUUUAAGCCAUUCACCAGAGGAUGCAUGAUUUGAUCUGUGUAUUGAUUUAAAUAUUUUCCUGUCACAUACUCAAAUGAAAAAAAAUCACUCUUCUUUUUUCCCUUAUGCUACCUUGUCUAAGAGAAAAAAAUUACUCAACAUAUAUUUGAUGGCUUUUCAAAAAAUCAAGAAAUCAUUUACUAAAAAUGAUUGUAUAUGAUACAGUAUUUAUUCCAAAUCAUGUUUGUGGCUUUAAAAACUUGAGUGAAGAUAUCUAUUCAUGUUCCUUAGUAAUUUUUUUUCUUCUUUGUUUCUCUCUUGAUCUUACCCAUUAAAAAAAAAAUUCUACAAUUACUAAGAUGUGGAAUCAGCCCAAGUACCCAUCAACACAUGGAUAGAUUGUGUUGGUGGAUGCCAUGAAUAAACCGUGGUAUUUGUGUACCAUGGAAUACUAUUUGGCCAUAAAAAUAUAGAUGGAGAUUUUACAUUUUUUGUAAAGUAACAGUUUUACACUGUUGGUAGGAUUGCAAACUAAUACAGCCUUUCUGGAAAGAAGCAUGGAGAAUCCCCAAAGAACUCUAAAUAGAUCAUCCAUUUGAUCCCACAGUCCCAUUAGUAGGUAUCUAGCCAGAAGAAAAAAAUUUCUUUAAUCCAAGAUACUUGCACUUGAAUGUUUCUUGCAGCUCAGUUCAUUUUACUAUCACCAAGACGUGGAGUCAACCCAAGAGCCCAUCAACCAAUGAACAGAUUAAUAAACUGUGGUGUAUGUAUACCAUGGAACACUACUCAGCCAUAAAAAGAAGGAGACUUUACAGUUUAAAGUCUUUUGUAUUAACCUGGAUGGAAUUGGAGAACAUUCUCUUUAAUAAAGUAUUACAA